AGUUAACCUGCUGGAGCUCCUCAGGCUUGCUCAGAGACCCUGCACCAACUCACCCAGUCCCCUCCUUCUUGGUUCGCCGUUCCCCCCUUCCUCUCCUUCACUGAUUGCACCCUCCACCAAUCCACCCCCUCCCACUUUUGCAUCUGACCAGAGGACGAAUGAGGGAGACGUUCCCGCAGAUUGGGGCAGCAACUUUACUCAGCUGGUCUCUGGGCUCAGGCAGCAGGAGCGCGCUGAUCCUCCGCGGUCUGCGGCCCAGGGAGGAGGAGGAGCAGCAGUGAUGGGCUAGCGACAGGAGCCAGGAGCCCCGAGUGAGCUCAGCCUUGCCAUCCAGCUCCGCGUUCCCACGCCGGUUCCCUCCAUCCCGCUCCGUGGGAGAGUGGUCAGGGUGCAGACCCGGAGCAUCCAGGGAGGAUGAGGCGGGGACCUGGCCCGAGUGGGGUGCAUCUCGCGGGCGUGCGGCAGCGGCUGUGUUUGGGCAUGAAUUAAGAAGCUAGGAAGAUGGAGCGCCGCACACUCAUCGCCCAGCCCGGGCUCUGGACCAGAGACACCAGCUGGGCACUCCUCUAUUUCCUGUGUUACAUCCUCCCCCAGACCGCCCCGCAAGUACUCAGGAUCGGAGGGAUUUUUGAAACUGUGGAAAACGAACCUGUUAAUGUGGAAGAACUAGCUUUCAAGUUUGCAGUCACCAGCAUUAACAGAAACCGAACCCUGAUGCCGAACACCACAUUAACCUAUGACAUCCAGAGAAUUAAUCUUUUUGAUAGUUUCGAAGCCUCGCGGAGAGCAUGUGACCAGUUGGCUCUCGGUGUGGCUGCCCUCUUUGGCCCUUCCCAUAGUUCCUCCGUCAGUGCUGUGCAGUCUAUUUGCAACGCUCUCGAAGUUCCACACAUACAGACCCGCUGGAAACACCCCUCAGUGGACAACAAAGAUUUGUUUUACAUCAACCUCUAUCCAGAUUAUGCAGCUAUCAGCAGAGCGGUCCUGGAUCUGGUCCUCUAUUACAACUGGAAAACAGUGACUGUGGUGUAUGAAGACAGCACAGGUCUAAUUCGUCUGCAAGAGCUCAUCAAAGCUCCCUCCAGAUACAACAUUAAAAUCAAAAUCCGCCAGCUGCCCUCUGGGAAUAAGGAUGCCAAGCCUUUACUCAAGGAGAUGAAGAAGGGCAAGGAGUUCUAUGUGAUAUUUGAUUGUUCACAUGAAACAGCUGCUGAAAUUCUUAAGCAGAUUUUGUUCAUGGGCAUGAUGACGGAGUACUAUCACUACUUUUUCACAACCCUGGACUUAUUUGCUUUAGAUCUGGAGCUCUAUAGGUACAGUGGCGUCAAUAUGACUGGGUUCCGGUUGCUCAACAUUGACAAUCCUCAUGUGUCAUCCAUCAUCGAGAAGUGGUCCAUGGAGCGCUUGCAGGCUCCCCCAAGGCCAGAGACUGGUCUUUUGGAUGGAAUGAUGACAACUGAGGCAGCUCUGAUGUAUGAUGCCGUAUACAUGGUGGCCAUUGCCUCCCACCGGGCCUCGCAGCUGACUGUCAGCUCCCUACAGUGCCACCGACACAAGCCAUGGCGCCUUGGACCCAGAUUUAUGAACCUGAUCAAAGAGGCUCGAUGGGAUGGAUUGACUGGACGAAUCACUUUCAAUAAGACAGAUGGCCUACGGAAGGAUUUUGAUCUGGACAUCAUUAGUCUCAAAGAGGAAGGAACUGAAAAGGCUGCUGGCGAAGUGUCUAAGCACUUGUUUAAAGUGUGGAAGAAGAUUGGGAUUUGGAACUCCAACAGUGGGCUCAACAUGACAGAUGGCAACAAAGACAGGUCCAACAAUAUCACGGAUUCACUGGCCAACCGAACUCUCAUUGUCACCACCAUUCUGGAAGAGCCCUAUGUGAUGUACAGGAAAUCUGACAAACCCCUGUAUGGAAAUGACAGAUUUGAAGGAUAUUGCCUGGAUCUGUUGAAAGAAUUGUCAAACAUCCUGGGUUUCCUUUACGAUGUUAAACUAGUUGCCGAUGGCAAAUACGGAGCCCAGAAUGACAAAGGAGAGUGGAAUGGGAUGGUUAAAGAACUCAUAGAUCACAAGGCUGACCUGGCAGUGGCUCCUCUGACCAUCACUUAUGUGCGAGAGAAAGUCAUUGACUUCUCUAAGCCCUUCAUGACCCUGGGCAUCAGCAUUCUCUACCGGAAGCCCAAUGGGACCAAUCCGGGCGUCUUCUCCUUUCUCAAUCCUCUGUCUCCAGAUAUUUGGAUGUAUGUGCUCUUAGCCUGCUUGGGAGUCAGUUGUGUACUCUUUGUAAUUGCAAGGUUUACACCCUACGAGUGGUACAACCCCCACCCCUGCAACCCCGACUCAGACGUGGUGGAAAACAAUUUUACUUUACUAAAUAGUUUCUGGUUUGGAGUUGGAGCUCUCAUGCAGCAAGGAUCAGAGCUGAUGCCCAAAGCUCUAUCGACCAGAAUAGUUGGAGGAAUUUGGUGGUUUUUCACCCUAAUCAUCAUUUCGUCCUACACUGCCAACCUGGCUGCCUUCUUGACAGUAGAGAGAAUGGAAUCCCCCAUAGAUUCAGCAGACGAUCUGGCAAAGCAAACCAAGAUAGAAUAUGGGGCGGUCAGAGAUGGAUCAACAAUGACCUUCUUCAAGAAAUCAAGGAUAUCCACCUAUGAGAAGAUGUGGGCUUUCAUGAGCAGCAGGCAGCAGACUGCCCUGGUUAAAAACAGUGACGAGGGGAUCCAAAGAGUGCUCACCACCGACUAUGCCCUGCUGAUGGAGUCCACCAGCAUUGAGUAUGUGACUCAGAGAAACUGCAACCUCACUCAGAUCGGGGGCCUCAUUGACUCCAAAGGUUACGGCGUGGGAACGCCUAUUGGGUCUCCUUACCGGGAUAAAAUCACGAUAGCUAUUCUUCAACUACAAGAAGAGGGCAAGCUGCAUAUGAUGAAAGAGAAAUGGUGGCGGGGAAAUGGGUGCCCUGAAGAAGACAGCAAAGAGGCCAGUGCUCUGGGAGUAGAAAAUAUUGGGGGCAUCUUCAUUGUCCUGGCUGCUGGACUGGUCCUUUCUGUAUUUGUAGCCAUUGGAGAAUUUAUAUACAAAUCACGCAAGAACAAUGAUAUUGAACAGGCUUUUUGUUUCUUUUAUGGACUGCAGUGUAAGCAAACCCAUCCUACCAACUCCACUUCUGGAACUACUUUAUCUACGGAUUUAGAAUGUGGCAAAUUAAUUCGAGAGGAAAAAGGGAUUCGGACACAGUCCUCAAUUCAUACUGUGUAAUCGGUUUAAAAAAAAAAAAAAAAGGUGUGCCCAGUAGAAACCAUGA